AUGUUCAAGCCAUCGUCGCCGCUCUUCAGCGGUCUUCUCUGGAAGAUCCCAUGGCGCAUCUCCCAGCCACAAAAGGCCCGUCAGAGAAAGCGUCUGCGGUCCGUUGACCGCGUCGUCGAUACCGUCAGCGCCGCCCUUUACCGAACCGGACAGUCCUCCAAAGCCGUCGAACGGUGGUACCGCGAAAUGCCCCGCGAAGAGGAGAUGCUUCCGAAAGACAAGUACACGCUUUUUGACAAGAAGGAAAAGACAUAUCGCAAGGGAAUUCACAAACUCCCCAAGUGGACACGAGUCAGCCAGCGCGUGAACCCCCCCGGUUUCUAA